CCCCUUUUAUUAAUUAAUUAAAAUUAAUUCUCUGAUAACUAUGGGAAGGAAGAAUUUGGAUUGGGCUGGGCCUGAUAGAAACCAGACCGAAAACACAUGAAGCUUCUGGCUCAAAAAUCACUACUGAAUCCAUUAACGACCAUCGAGAAACAUUUUCAGGGAUGCUGACAGUUUUCGACUGCUGUAAAGUCGCCUUUAUCAACUUUCGGGUCCUCUCUGGCAGACUCAAAGUCGUGUAGCUCUCAAACAGUGAAAGCGAUUGCCCUGUUGAAGUGGGGCAGAUUAGCUUCUCCAAAACACUUCAGAAAAUCAGGAAACUGCCAAAUUUUCUCUGGGGAUUUAAGAUUUACAAUUACUUGUUAUACAAAGUUUAUCUGAUUCCAUGAUGUCAUCUCUAGCUAUUGUUUGGAAUCCACUGCUCAUCCUCCUAACUAGUUUCUUCCUUCUUGCAGCAGCUCAAGAGGGUUCCCGCAAUGUCAACGUUGGCGAUGUUCUCCAUGCCGACGAUCGAACACUUACAUGGAAAUCACCAUCUGAUGAUUUUGAACUUGGGUUUCACCGUGCUCCAGACCAACAAGAUCGAUUCCUCCUUGCUAUCUGGUUCGCCAACAUACCUGAAAAAACCAUAGUUUGGUCUGCAAAUGGAGAGAACCCUGUAGAGAUAGAAUCCAGAGUUGAGCUUACCUCCAAUGGUCUAGUGCUCAUAGCUCCUUCUGGCAUGGAGUUUUGGUGGUCUAACAUCUGCAAUGUUGAAGUAAAACUGGAAAGGUUUCCGGUUUCCAGCAUGGCUGCAUGGGAUACCCCUCCAGUGCCAUCUUGGGUGCUGUUAGACCACCAAAGCUCCAUGCCAGAAGUAGCUCUGAGCACUAGGCCAUUGGAGCAAGGAGGAAUUGAUCUUGUUGAUCUGAAACACGGCGAAACCCAAGCUCAAAAUCACCGGAUGGUGAUUGCCAUAACGAAGAAACUAGUUAGGAAGAUGAGUAAUGGAUUCCGAAAAAGGGCUAAAGAUGAAAUCAUGGCAUGGCAUUGUAUUAUGGGGCAUUUGCUUCUUCAGAUGAACUUUGUGGGAAAAGCAAUUUAUAAGCUGAAGUUCCAGUUCAACACGAGAAGUGGAGUUAUGGCUGCUGUGAGUGCCCUCCCUCCCAACCCACCCCCUUCGAUAGAAGAAAGUGACUCUUUGGAGCGUAGCACCAAGAGAGUGAAGGACGAUAUCCCCCAUUCCCCCCUCCCUAUAUCAAAUGUUGACUCCAUUGCCCCGGAGGUUGCCCCCCCAACCCAGAAAAAUUUUAAAGAUACGUUGAUCGAUGGGUGUUCAGAACACACCCCCCCUGUCGUCACGUUGGAUGAACUCAUGGCUGUAGGAUGCAAGGUUUCAACGCAAACUCCGAUGGUUGCGGAUGAUGUUUCUGGAACCCCCAAAAAACCUAUCCCCAAGGCGUUUAUCCUAAAGGAGAUAUGGCAAAAGUUCUGUGUUCCUUGGAAGAAUUCCUUGAUCAUUAAAUUAUUGGGGAAACGGAUUAAUUAUCAUAUGCUAUGUGCUCGGCUAUCUAGUGAAUGGAGAACAAAAGGAGAGUUUGAGGUUAUUGACAUUGGUAAUGGCUAUUAUGUUUCCAAAUUUUCUUCUUCGGAGGAUUGUUCCCGAAUACUCAUAGGAGGUCCUUACAAAUUCUUUGAUCAUUAUCUGGCUCCACCAAAUGGAGCAGCAACUAUCCAGGCUAACCCUACUACGAAAUCUUCGGAAAAGAAUAGGGAUGUUCCAGAUUUAGGGGAUAACUUUAUGGCAUACGGAUCUUGGAUGGUGGCUAAGCGUAAGCCACGAAAGGUGGCUAAAAAGCAGGAACUUUCUGUUAAUGGUGCUUCUUCCACUCCCAAUGGAUCGCGUCGUGAUAAUGAUGGGAAGGUUUUUCAAUCAAGUAAUAAGUCUAAGCCGGUUAAUCGGGAAUUGGGUGUUGCUAGUAACAGAUUUGCAAUAAUUGCUGAAGUGGAGGAAUCUUCGGGUGUGAUCCCUAAUUUGAAGGAGGCUGAUUCUGGCCGAAAGAAGGACAAGACCAAAAAGGUUUUGGGCCCAGUGGUCAAGCCUUCCAAGCCCUCUAGGUCUAAGUCUUUAGACUCGGCCUUGAUACGAAAGUCCAUCAGUGAUAAGCCAAAACAACUAUUGUGUGUUGCUGCAUCCCCUCCAAUUUCCCUUCCUUAUCCUAUUGAAAGUUGUUCUCGUCAAAGUUCUAGGGGUCUCAAUGGUAGCAUGAAUCUAUCUAAAAUGGAUGCAGUUCCAUCCCUCCCUCCCAGUGAAGCAGAGCAUGUCCUAGGGAACUUAGGAGUGCAACAGCUUGGCGUGUUGCAGGCUCCGUCGCUAGAAGAGCCUAUCUCAGUUAUGGCUUUAAAUCAUGGUGCCAAUCCUUCAAUGAUUCUGGCAUUGAAUCCCACUCUUCAAAACCCCCUUUCCUCAUGAGAGUGAUUUCUUGGAACAAUCGUGGAGUUCAGUAUCCUCACUUUAGACGAGAAGUGCAGGAGUUACUCCAUACUCAUAAGCCAAAUAUUAUCUGUUUUAUGGAAACUAAAGCAGAAUUUGGUUC